CCCUACCAACAUCCCAAGACGGGCUCGAGACCCAACAGCAACGAGGACCCAGUCACCUCCUCCACCUACUCCGACAAGCAAUUCAACCAACCGUCUCCGGACUCCCGUCCCAUCCAGGGCGGCACCGUCAGCACGAGCAACGACGGGGUAUCCCCCGGCCCGCCGACACCCAAUCCCAACACGCCCACGCCCCCUCAAAGACCGCCCGAACCUUCUCCCUUUCACGUCGCCUACUCGCAACACAACCCUCAAAUGGAGCACCUCGGCUACGCCAACAACAAAAUGGAGAAUAUUUGUUGCUCCUACGCUCAAGCCGCUAUGUCCGGUCGCACCGGCUUAGUCACCACGAUGGCGAGCGGAAGAACGCACGGCAGCGACACGCUCACUUCGGUGCUGGCCGGUCGCACCAACACGGCUACGGUUUCCAUAAACAGCCCUUCCACCGCCGGGUCUUCAACGCCCACUUCGAUGAACAGCCCCGCCGUAACGGUGAACGUGUCCAAGUCGCCGCUGGAAAUGGUGCAAAGCGUGGUCAGCAGCAUCCAAGUGCCGCAAUCGAGCUCGCAGAUGUCGCCGCAUCUCAUCAAACACUCGCCCACUGGACACAUUUUCGUGUCCUCGGGCGGGCAGCUGAUCAUGGCUAGCACCGGCAAUCAGCCUGGUGGGAUGAUGGCACCGCCGCCGCCGAAAAUUCCGGCGGUGACGCAGGUGAUGCCGGCGCAGACCGUGCUGGUGAACGCUCUGCCGGCGCCGUUCGUCCUGCAGCCGGGCGUGGCGGUGACCGUGGAUGGGCACGGCAUGCAGCUGCCGCAGCUGGUCGCCGGGAACGUGGUGCAGCAGCAGAUCCAGCUGGAUGGGCACGAUGCUCGCAGAGCUAUGUUGUCGCCGGAGACGAGGAAGAAAUCGAAAAAAAGGAAAGGGGCGGGACAGACAGUGGCGAAUAUGUUGCAUGUGGCGGCGCAGCAGAGUCCCGGGGUUGUUAUGGCGCAGCAAGGGUUCCCGCAGCAGAUACAGAUGGCGCACAGCCCGCAAGGUCCGGUGAUGCAAGCGCUGACUAUCGUGCCGAGCAAACAUGGCGGCCCCCCGCAGAUCGUCAUGAACGGUCAACCCAACUUGGGCCCGCCGCAGAUCAUCGCCAACUCGCCCACGCAACAAAUCAACCUGCUCCAACCAGUCAACCUGAUCAACGGUCCUGCCGGCAUGGUGCAAAACUUCCCCGCUAUUCAACAGUUCAUCGUGCCCAAUUUGGGCGGUAUGGUGAUGAACGCAGACGGCUCGGCGACCAUCUUGCAGGACACCUCGAACUUGGGCGUGCAGCUGCAAAUCCAGAACGUCAACGGCCAGAACGUGCUCACCCCAGUGCAGAACAACGGCAUGUUCGCCGCCGGCAUGGUAAUCCGCUCGCCCGCUUCGCAGGGCAAGCAGCACAGCCCGGGCGCGCAGUUCCUGUCGCCGGGCGGCGGCGGGCAGUUCGUCGUGAACGGCGGCCAGUUCGGCGGGCAGCUCAGCCCGCUGAAUCAACAGGUGGCGUUCGGCGCGCCGGCAGCGCGCAUGCGGCCUGGCGACGCGGGCCAGGAGUACGUGCAGCUGGGCCAGACGCUGAUGGUGCCGUGCUCGCCGAGUGUUAGUGUGGCGGGCGGGUCUGCGGGCAGGCAGAACGCGACGUUCGUACAGCAGAAUACGACGAUCGUGCAGCAGCAGACGACGAUGGUGGCGAACAAUCAGCAGGUAGGGGGUUUCCAGCAGGACGGGCAGGAGGGCCAGCAGGGUUUGGCUGGAGCGGCUGUGAACUUGGAUCAGCAAAACUAUAUCAUUAGUUCGAAUGACAACAAGCAGAUGCAGGUGAUGGUACAACAACAACAGCAGCAGCAGCAUUCCCGCCCCUCCUUUCCCACCCACCACGGCCAGUCCUCCGUCUCCACGCAAACGGCCAUCAACCAGCCGCCGCCCUCCCUCACCUCCAAUCCCUUCCGUCACGCCCCCGCCUCCUGCGACACGACCACCUUAAGCCCGCUGCCGACAGGGGGGCGGACUUCUAGCGGCGGGGGGCGAGGCUCGGGUGGUCGGAGCCCGCCCACCACGGCCGAUACGACGACGCACGCGGGCGGCAGCACGGAUGACGCGGCGUCGCCCGCCCCUUCGGUGUGCUCUGGAGGCGGGGGCAGCGAGGCGGGCGGGCAGUCGCGGCCGCAGUCGUGCACUAUGGCGAUGGUCCACUGCGUGUCGAGCAGCGAGCCCGAUUCGGCAGACCUGCUCGCCGUCCACCACCAGCCGGACGGCGAGUGGCGGCGCGCGAUGCAGGGCAAGGCGCUCUACGACGCGUCGCCCUUCGACCGACGGACGGCCGCCGCGGGCGGCUCCUACUCCGACGAGGCGACGGUGGUCGAGGUGGGGGGAUUCCACUACGUUGCGGAACAGAUGAAGUCCCAGGAGGUGGUGAGUUCGAGAAACUACGAGAAGAUGAUCCACCACAAGCGAAAGAGUGGAGAUGAGAGCAUGGUGAUGGAGGUCCAUCACGGACAUACUUCUUUGUUCCAUGAUGACGAUGAAGGUGAACCAACAGACCAUACCAACCUCCCGAAGCCCUUCGCAGUGGGCGAGUUAGUGUGGGGUCCGGCAGAGGGCCGGCCCUUCUGGCCCGGGAAGAUCGUCGAGGCUCGCGACCGGCUCGUCUUAGUCAAGUGGUUCGGCACGGAGAAGCCGGUCGCCGUCAUGGAGAGAGAGAGGUUGCAGACACUGACAGAAGGCCUCGAGGCUCAUCAUCGCGCUAGAAAGAAAUGGAGAACAAGUCGCAAAUUGAAUAGCCAACUAGAAAAAGCGAUCCAAGAAGCAAUGGCAGAACUGGACAAAGAAGAACCGCAUCGUACGACUGUUCAGAAGGAAAGGAAGAAUUUGAAAACGUAUUCGAAAGCAACAGCGGCACAAACACCGACUAAAAAAGCUGCUGUCCGAUCGAAAAAUGCCCAGCGCUGA